AUGUACGAGAAUAGUUUACAACGAUUAUCGAACCUUGUCACAGUCACCAAGCUCGAAGCCAAAACGAUCAAGCGGUCCUUGGAACGAAAGGAGCGAGAGUGGAACCUGUUUAUGCAGGCAGCCCAGAUAAGAGAACGAGCCAGUCUGAAUCGACCAAACGCGGAGAACUUGGUUCGAGCGAUUUACGCGAAAUAUUUGAAGAAUUACGAAUAUCUCGAGCGAACUAUAAUUCCCGUGGAGGAUUUGGCCUACGCGUUACAGUUGGUCAAUUCCGAUCUCACAUUUACCAGCGAACAGAUCAAACGCUUGCCUUUGGAGCUCUUUGUUCUUAUUGGUGGUCAAGACAGACUCAAACAGUUUGAAGAUCGAUACAUGCGCAAAGAUAUUGGGUCAUGGUUCAAACCAGAGUCAGAAAUGACCAACGAACGUAUACUAAAACCAGGAUUUUUAUACGCGGACCAAUUGCGCGUGCUACUCCAUGGAUCCGGUUUGAAUCACGAUCGACUGUACGAAGUUCUUCAACUGUUGGGCGUCACCGAUACCGAUGCACUGGAUUUCGUCUCAUUCUUAUUCUAUCUGCCCCUAUUUGUCGAGGCUCAUCAGCGACUUAUAUGCGACCCGCUGCGUGGACUGGAUGAGGAAUUCGCAAGUGGUUUGAUUUUUAAGCCCAACCGGGCAGGAUGUCAGUUUGGCGGAGUCCGCUCGGGCCGAGCUCUGCAUUGUUACAAUUCUAAUCCGGUGACGAUCGUACCACGACACUCCAAUCAUUGA